CUCUGUAACUCAGGUACAAGCGAAUGCGACGGCAGCACCAGAAGCAGCUGAUGGGCCUGGAGAACAAGCUGAAGGCAGAGAUGGACGAGCACCAGCUGAGACUGGACAAAGAGCUGGAGAAUCAGAGGAACAGCUUCUCCAUGGAGGGAGAAAAACUCUCCAAAAAGCACCAGGUCAUCCUGGAGAAGGAGGUGAGCUGGUGGAGGACGAAUGAGACAAAGGCAGUCCUGACUGAGGAGAAGAAGUUCCAGCAGCACAUACUGGCCCAGCAAAAGAAGGAGUUGACCAGUCUGCUGGAGUCCCAGAAACGGCAGUAUCGCCAACGCAAGGAGCAGCUCAAAGAGGAACUGAAUGAGAACCAGUCAACACCAAAGCGGGAGAAACAAGAGUGGCUGGUGCACCAGAAGGAGUGUCUGCAGCAGCUGCAGGCCGAGGAAGAGGCAGGCCUGCUGCGGCGGCAGAGGCAGUAUUAUGAGCUACAGUGUCGCCAGUACAAGAGGAAGAUGCUGCUGGCACGCCACAACCUGGAGCAGGAUCUGCUCCGAGAGGAACUGAACAAGAAGCAGACUCUGAAGGACUUGGAGUGCGCCAUGCUCCUGCGUCACCACGAGUCCACUCAGGAGCUGGAGUUCCGCCAGCUGGGUUUGGUGCAGCAUACGCGGGCCGAGCUGAUCCGCACACAGCACCAGACGGAGCUCACCAACCAGAUGGAGUACAACAAGAGGCGUGAGCAGGAGCUGCGUCAGAAACACGCCGUGGAGGUCCGCCAACAGCCCAAGAGCCUCAAAGUGAGUGAGAGCACCCAAAGCCAGGGGUCUCCCGAAGAGGGAGAGGGCCAGACAACAGAGGGGCCGGGCAGCAGCUGGGACAGUGAGGGAGGGGUGGUACAAGUAGAGGUGGAGGGCGAGAUACAAAAAGAGAGGGAAGUGGUAGAGAGAGAGAUGUAUGAUGGUCAGGAUGAGCUUGAUGGAGCGGUACUGGAAUUCAAAGAUGAGGAGGUAGAGGGCGUCUCUGUGGUUGAAGGGAAAGAUGAGGUAGAUGACGAGAAUAAACCAAAGGGAAAUGAUGACAGAGAGGAUGAGAAGGAGGAGUGGAAAAUUGGCGAAGAAGGGCCAGAGGUGAGGGAAGUAGAAGGAGUGCAGUGGGAGUACGAGGAUGAUCACAGUAAAACUGAACAUGUAGACACCGAUGAAGAGGAAGAAGAGGGCAGGGGCGUGGCCGAUGGUUGCCCAUCAGAGUUCAUCUCAUCCCUGUCCCCGGAAAAGAGACGGCUCCGUGAGCGAGACAUCGAUGAGCUGUCUGAGUUUUACUUCCCUGUUUCUCCAGAGGAGCUGGAGCCCAUACCCACCUCUCCCCCUCCUUCCUCUCCUUCCACCGCCCAAACGUCUUUGCCUUCGCUCUUCUCUCACGCCAUCUGCCUCCUCCUCUCCCUCUCUGUCGCUGCUCAGCCCUCCAACCUCACUUUGCUGCUGCUCUCCAUCUUCCUCCUCUCCCUCCGUCGCUCACCGCCUCUGCCCUCGGUGGCCUCGGUCCUCCUCUCUGCGGAGCUUGCCUUCUUGGCACUCUUCUUCUCCUACCUCUUCCUUCGUUCCUGCUGCUCUCUGUCUCUCUCCACCUACCUGUCGCUCAGCCUCUGGGCCAGCGGCCUCUUCAGUUUAGGACUCUCCCUGAGUUUGGGGAUUUAUUACAUCCCCAUGAUCUUGAUCUCCGCCUCCUUCCUCAGCUCUCCCUCCCUCUUCCUCUCUCUCUACUUGGUGGUCGUGCUGAUUGUGAGGCCGGCCCGCGACUUCCUCCAGUACGCACCUCGUAAAGUCAACCGCCUCUGCAUGCGCGUCCUUUUCCGACUGCCUCGACCCCUGUUUGCCAUGUGCCAGUCAGUCCUGGGUGGUAUGGCUGAGCGUAACCUCUAUGAGAUGUUUCCCAAAGCAGGGCGCAACUGGGGUGUGCGCCAGUCCAAAAUCCCAGUCCCCCUGAAGAGCUUACCCUUAGAGUAUCAGGCUCGCUGCAGUAACACCUCUCCCUUGUCCAAGGGCCUUCUCUGGGUGAGGCGUUUCAGUAGACGGCCCCUCGGGGUCUUGGCAGACCUGGCUAACUCCAUAGUGCUAAAACUAGCCAGACAGCUCCUUAAAAAGCUGCCGAUCAGCGUCCGUGUCAAACUCCUAAAUCUGGGCCUCUUGAAGAAGGAAAUCCCAAGCAGGCUGCCCCAACUGCUGCCCAGGGAAGUCAGAGAGAGGAGACUGAGGGAGAGGAGGAGGAGAGAGAGGGAGAGACAGAGGAGGGAAGAGAGGGAGAGGAUGUUUCGUGAGGAGGUGAGGUGGGAGUGUGGGUUGAGACGGACUGCAUCUGGAAGGUUUGUCAGGGGAAAAAUUCGACCAUGGAGAUAGCAAGAGUUAGACAAAUUAAAGUAAAGAGUGGGAUGUGUGCUGAUGUGUGUGAGCGUGAUCAUGCUCUAUGUUCCAUUAUUUGUGUGUUGUUUUGAUUUGGGCCCACAUGUCUCUCUUUGUUACAUAAUUCCCCAAACUGAGCUUUGGUCGCAUGUCCUAAAGAUGAGACAUAUUCUACCCUGCACACGUGCACAUACAUAUGUGUGCACUGGCUGAAAGUGAUUUUGGCUGUUGAAGCUUAUCCACACAUGUGUACAUGUCUGCACAUGUUGAAUCAGUGGGCUCUGCAAACAGAAACCUGCAGCCAAACCCACUGUUGCUGUACCAAACCAGUGAAGUUUUAACAUUUCAUUAUUGUGCUUUUUGUAAAAGUUCUUCAAAGUUUCUUGAAUUUUAUAAUUUUGCUCUUAAUUUGUAAGACAAAUAUUUUUAUGGUUAUUUUUUAAGACCGUUUUUGUGCAAUCCUUUUGUUUUUCUUUUAUACUGGUCUUAUUUCAUUGGGUGCACUGUUAUCUCAGUGCUUAGAACAAAUAUUACAGUGUUGCAUAGGUUCCUGGCUAUAAUUUCACUCCCCAAAGCUGAAUACUGUGAAAAAGAAAAAACGUAUUGGAAUAAUUUCACUAACAUCACCCCAAACACUACAGGUCGCUCUCAGUCAGUAUGAAAGUGCAAUAAACAGCUAAGCAGAAAUAUCUGGGACCACUGUAGGACAACAUGAAGCGUAAUUUCUAUGUUUAGAAGUCAAAGUGGAAUAUAGUUUGCAGAAGUUUGAGGCCAUUUAGCUGGAACAUUAAGCCUAUCCAAUACAUUGUUUCAUCCGAAGCUGGUGAAAUUAUUAUCGUUCAGAUUGUAGUUAGAUGUACUGUUUUUUAUUGCUCUUUAUGCAAUAAUUUUGUUAUGUUUUACCAUGUAAACAUUUAGAUAUCUUUCCCCUUAAUCAUCACAUAAAUUUAAACCAGUUGAGUGCCUUGUUACAACGGUUUGCACAAAUGUUAACUCUGUUGUGAAGUGACAUAUCCUACAUUUAUAGUGGAAACAUAGGAAUGCAGGAUAUACUUUUGGAGUAGUAAAAUUAGAAAAUAAUAAAAACUUAUUUAAUAUUUCAGUGUAGCUUAAUUUAUAUGAAGCCAUAUAGACAAUCUUUUGAGACACGCAAUCAUAAAAGAAGUCCAAAGAUUGAUGCAACUACUGAAUGUGAAAGUAGAGAUUGAGCAGUUCAUGAUCGUGUGGAGAGAAGGUGUCCAGUUAAAGCAUUUGUUUCAUUUUGCACUGUCCCAAGGACAAAAAAACAAACAAACGGGAGAACAGAUCACUUCAGUUUAGGGCUACAACUAAAGAUUAUUCCCAUUAAUGAUCUGAUGAUCUACAGAUUUUUAUUAUUAUUAUUUUUUUUUUUUGAUUAAAUGUCUAAAAAAUAGUAACAAUUGCCCAUCAUGUCCCAGAGCCUGAGGUGAUGUCCUGAAAUAUCUUACUUUGUUCAACCAAAAGUCCAAAACCCAAAGAUGUUCAGUUUAGACUGAUAUAUGACAGAGUAAGCAGCAAAUCCUCUGAUAUGAGAAGCUGGAACCGGAGAAUGUUGGGCUUUUUUAUCACUAUUUUUUCUUGGGGGGGAAAAUGGCUUUAAAUGAUUAAUAGAUAAUCACAAUAGUUGCUGAUCAUUUUUCUGUCGACCAACAAAUCGAUCAAUCAUUUCAGCUGUACUUUAGUCGGACCAAAAACAAAUUUUACUGUUACUUUCGCAAAUUUGAGGACUUAAAAACCACAUUGCUCUAAUGUGUACAUUUUUUAAGUGAAUUAAGUUAAAUUAAGCAAAUUUCAGUGAAAAUUUGCGAUUGUGACAUUCAUAGAUUUGAGAGUAAAACUGUGCAUAUUUGCAAGGGAAGUCUGGUUAAGAUUAAUAAAAUGCAUUAGUGCUUAUAAAUGCUAAUUAUGUAGGAUGAUAUGCCCUGUGUGUCACAGAAGGACGACAUUGGAGUCAUUACAUGGAGGAAUAUUACUGAGUAGGAAAACUCAGUAUUAACUGUAUUUUGACACAGGGGGAACAAAAAAGUUGGGCACUUUGUUUAGGUGCCCUGCAUUUGGAAUGUCUCGCUAAAAAAAAGACAUUUCACAGCAAACCUUGUGUUUUAUUUGAAUGUAACUUAUUUGCCAUUGAUUUACUUUUGUGUUCCAGUAUCAGUUAUUUCCUGUUCCUCUGUGUAUGUUUACAUGUUUGUAUUCUGUUUGUUGUGACACCGUCUGAGAGAUAUAUCACCUUGAGUUUUUUUAAAUAUUUAAUUUAUGCAGUAUUUAUAAGACUAGUACUGCAUUGUGUUUGGCAGCCAUUUUGUUGUCCUUUUAUUCUCACUUUAGCUGCAUGAGUGUUGGCGUACUGUACGGCCAUGUGCCAGCAAGCAUAGAAAAAUAUUUUGUCAUACUUCCAGAUUUUUCUUUACCCAAAAAAUAAAUUCUUUUGUGUGGAAA